CUAAUCUUGACAUGGAGUAAAGACUGACAAACCUGUAGUGAAACAUCAUUUAACAAUGCUAGCAUCAUACAUACUAAUUAUUCUCCUUAUUGGAACACUGUACACAGUUGAUUGUCUGGAAUGCUACUCAUGUUCGGGUGUGUCAUCAGUCAACAACUGUAUCUCAACCACACAAUGUCGAACUGGACAGUCAUGUUAUACAAACUCUUUUACAUCUGGACAAGACACAAAGUUCACAAUGGGCUGCACUAAUAACGAACAAUGUGGUAUUCAAUCAGGAAUUGUUGGUCGGGAGGUUAGUGAGCGAGAAACGAGCUGCCAUGAAUGCUGCAGUACAGAGAGAUGUAACAACCAGUUAUGUAUCCACUUUAAACCUACAACGUGUAUGGACGAUGUGAAAGUAGAUUGUGCUUACUUAAAUGCAAUGUUCAACAUAUGCAAAGACAUUCAGCAUUCGAAAAAUGUCUGUCCGAAAUUCUGCGGCCUCUGCACAUUAGUGGAUGGGAACUGGGCAGAAUGGUCGCAAUGGUCGACUUGUUCCGUAACCUGCGAGAAAGGAAUGCAGACAAGAAAACGAACAUGUACCAACCCUCCGCCAGCUCACAAUGGCCUUGAUUGUGUUGGGAACAAAACCGAUACAAAAUCAUGUUUAAAACAGCUAUGUCCAAUUCACGGUGGAUGGACAGGAUGGGGAAAUUGGGGUGCAUGCUCAGUAACAUGCGAUGUUGGGGUACAGAGACGGGUUCGUAACUGCACAAAUCCUUACCCAUCACGCUUUGGAGACCAUUGCUUUGGGGAUCCAUUAGAAUACAAACAAUGUAUGCUGGGUCCUUGUGCGAACGGAGGAUGGUCUUCCUGGGGAACAUGGACAUCUUGUUCAGCAACAUGUGAUGGAGGUUUGCGAUCAAGAUUCAGAAAAUGUACGAAUCCAUCACCAUCUCUAUAUGGGCAAUAUUGCGCUGGACCAGUGACAGAGGUGCAAGAUUGUAACCAGAAACAAUGUGCCACUGUGGUGUUUCUCGCGCAUGCUCUGACAACAUACCUUGUAAGUAGUGGCGAGAGAUUCAUCUUCACAACAAACCUCGUCAACAUGGGCGGAGCAUACAGCAAUACAACUGGAUACUUUACAGCACCGGUGGGCGGAUCUUAUUCGUUUAGUUACCAGUUUUGUCUUUACACUGGUGUACAUAUGUAUGUUAAUAUCAUGAUUAACAACACUUACUACUCCGCUUCUCAUUAUUAUGAGGGAAAUACAUACGUCUGCAAUUCAUCAAAAAUAUUUGUUCACCUUAGAAAGGGCGACAGGGUAUGGGUGAAAUGUAAUAGUGCGAGUGGUGGGACUAGGUUGCUUGAAGAUUCACAACACAUGAAUAUAUUUUCCGGCAUUUUGAUUCGCACUUAAAAUACUUCAAAUCUUUUCAUAAUUUAGCCAACGAUGAACUGAUCAAUUCAGCACAUAGGUCAAUUACGUAAUCACCUAGUGUUUUGUAACCUUUCGAACCACUUACAAGAAAAGUAUUUCUUUCACGUGAUUUUGGUUUAGACAUGUUUAGAUUAGAAUUAUUGUACAAUUAUAAUUGAAAUGAGUUCAAGUAUUAAGCUAAAUUAUAAAUUUUGCUGAAUUGAAUGGGUAGCAUAUGACAAGUGAAACAUCCACACUGGUGAAUUCAAAUAAAAUU